AUGGAAAGAUUUUCUUGGGUAAUGAUCAUGUUAGCAAUAGUCAUUUCAAACCAAUAUAAAGUGAUCCUAGGAUGGCCAGAUAGUUGGUAUACUCAUGUUACAAUAAAGAAUGAGCUGCCUGAUAAUCUCCCUUUGAGAUAUCAAUGCAAAUCCAAGGAUGAUGAUUUAGGUGAGAGCAUACUCCAAAAUAAGGAAACAUUUACUUGGAAAUUCACUCCAAAUAUUUUUGAAUCAACUCUAUAUUGGUGCAAUAUUUGGUCGAGAUACGGUUAUGUAUCUAGUAAAGUUUUCUCAGAGAAAGAACAAUUUUAUCAUUAUUGUAAUUUUAAAGAUUGCACUUGGACUAUAACUGAUCAAGGCAUUAAUGUUAUUGAUGUUAAGACUAGCAAUCCCGUUCUUUGGCACAAGUGGAAUGACGAGAAGCAACAAGAAUCACCUAGUCCAUCGCCUCAAUAG